CCUCAGGCCGGGCGGGCUGACGUGCGAGCUCCAGUCUCUCUGCCGUAUGGGGGUUUAUUUUGCUUUGGGCCACUGCAGCCGCCGCCGCCGCCAUUAGGCGAGCCAGAAGAGAUUCGGGGGUGGCGGGGUCGUCUUGCCUGAUCCUCCUCCUCCACCCACCCCCGCCGCGCCAGGGUGGUAGCGCCCUCCUCGCAACUUCGCUACGUCCUUUUAACUACCCAGAGCAGGAAGAAACCAUGUCCUGAGCGGGGCGGGAGGAGAAGCAGGAGGCCGCAGCCUGCGGUGCCGUACAGGGGUGGGUGGGAUGCGGGUGAGGGGUAUGGGCGACGACUGCUGAGGAGACAGCCGUGGGAUCAGGAAGCAGCUCGGCAAGCUUUCUGCCUGAAACGAUUUACUUUGAGUAGUGCAGGAUGACAGAACGUGGAAUAAAAUGGGCCUGUGAGUAUUGUACAUAUGAGAACUGGCCAUCUGCAAUCAAGUGUACCAUGUGCCGUGCUCAGAGGCCUAGUGGAACUAUAAUCACAGAAGAUCCGUUCAAGAGUGGUUCAUGUGAUGUUGGUAGAGACUGGGAUCCUGCAAGUAUUGAAGGAGGCAGCAGCCCUUUGAUAUGCCCAGAUUCUAGUGCAAGACCAAGAGUUAACUCAUCCUACAGUAUGGAAAGUGCAAACAAGUGGUCAUGUCACAUGUGCACAUACUUGAAUUGGCCUCGUGCAAUAAGGUGCACUCAGUGCUUGUCUCAGCGUAGGACCAGGAGCCCCACAGAAUCUCCGCAGUCUUCAGGAUCUGGUUCUAGACCAGUUCCUUUCUCCGUGGAUCCUUGUGAGGAGUACAAUGAUAGAAAUAAAUUGAACAUGAGGACACAACACUGGACUUGUUCUGUUUGUACAUAUGAAAACUGGGCCAAGGCCAAAAAAUGUGUUGUGUGUGAUCAUCCAAGACCCAACAACAUUGAAGCAAUAGAAUUGGCAGAAACGGAAGAGGCAUCUUCUAUAAUAAAUGAGCAAGAUAGAACUCGAUGGAGGGGAAGCUGUAGUAGUGGUAAUAGCCAAAGAAGAUCACCUCCUACAACCAAACGGGAAUCUGAAGUGCAGAUGGACUUUCAGAGAAUUGAGCUGGCUGGAGCUGUAGGUAGUAAGGAAGAACUGGAAGUUGACUUCAAAAAACUAAAGCAAAUAAAAAACAGAAUGAAGAAGACUGACUGGCUAUUUCUUAAUGCUUGUAUUGGAGUCGUAGAAGGUGACCUAGCUGCUGUUGAGGCAUACAAGUCUUCAGGAGGCGAUAUCGCACGGCAGCUUACUGCAGAUGAAGUACGCUUGUUGAAUCGCCCUUCCGCUUUUGAUGUGGGAUACACGCUUGUUCAUCUUGCUAUCCGUUUUCAAAGACAAGAUAUGUUAGCAGUUCUGCUUACAGAGGUAUCCCAACAUGCGGCUAAGUGCAUUCCAGCUAUGGUGUGCCCAGAACUUACUGAACAAAUCCGGCGUGAAAUUGCUGCAUCUCUUCAUCAGCGGAAGGGAGACUUUGCUUGCUAUUUCCUAACGGAUCUCGUAACAUUUACAUUACCUGCAGAUAUUGAAGACCUGCCGCCAACAGUUCAAGAGAAACUGUUUGAUGAAGUACUUGAUAGGGAUGUUCAGAAAGAGCUAGAAGAAGAAUCGCCCAUUAUAAACUGGUCACUGGAAUUGGGUACACGUUUGGAUAGUAGACUUUAUGCACUUUGGAAUCGGACUGCAGGAGAUUGCCUGCUUGAUUCAGUACUACAAGCUACCUGGGGCAUUUAUGAUAAGGACUCGGUGCUACGUAAAGCUCUUCAUGACAGUUUACAUGAUUGUUCUCAUUGGUUCUAUACACGAUGGAAAGAGUGGGAGUCAUGGUACUCUCAGAGCUUUGGUUUACACUUCUCACUGCGAGAAGAGCAGUGGCAGGAAGACUGGGCAUUUAUACUUUCACUUGCUAGUCAGCCUGGAGCAAGUUUGGAACAGACACAUAUUUUUGUACUUGCACAUAUUCUUAGAAGACCAAUUAUAGUUUAUGGAGUAAAAUAUUAUAAGAGUUUCCGGGGAGAAACUUUAGGAUAUACCCGUUUUCAAGGUGUAUAUUUGCCUUUUUUAUGGGAACAGAGUUUUUGUUGGAAAAGCCCUAUUGCUCUGGGCUACACAAGGGGCCACUUCUCUGCUUUGGUUGCCAUGGAGAAUGAUGGCUAUGGCAAUCGAGGUGCUGGUGCUAACUUGAAUACUGAUGAUGAUGUUACUAUUACGUUUUUACCAUUGGUCGACAGUGAAAGGAAGCUGCUGCACAUUCACUUCCUGUCUGCUCAAGAGAUUGGCAAUGAGGAACAGCAGGAGAAGCUGCUGAGGGAGUGGCUGGACUGUUGUGUGACAGAGGGUGGAGUCCUCGUUGCCAUGCAGAAAAGUUCUCGCCGUCGCAACCAUCCUCUGGUAACCCAGAUGGUGGAGAAGUGGCUUGACCGCUACAGACAAAUCCGCCCCUGUACAUCCCUUUCAGAUGGGGAAGAAGAAGAAGAUGAUGAUGAUGAGUGAUGAAAUUGAAAUACCAGGCUGCAUAUAAUAUGUGGUGACAGCCUCAGCACUUGGGGCACAGUCUAGCAAUUUCUUAUACAUUGACCCAAUUGUAGCAGGAAGCAUCCUGCACAGGAUUUUUAAUCAGCAUGGGGAGAAUGCAGAGGCUGAUCCAAAUGUGUGAGGACAGCUAUGUUGAUUGGACUACCAUUUGUUAAAAAAAAGGAAAGGGAAAAAAAGCAAACCCCCAUUUUAUUAUCAAGACAGGAAACCUUUUCUUUCCAAUUGUACAUCUGCCUAUAAAUGUACCGCAUGUGGUUGUGUAAGAAAGUUGUGUAAUAGGAAAAAGUAUUACCAGCAUCUUAAAAUUAUUGAUGAAAUUUCUUUUGAAUAAGGACACUUAAAAAGCACAUCAUAGAUGAGUAUCUGUUCCUUUUGAGACUUAUGGUAAAACUUGGUUAUUCUGCAUCGCCUUUUAAACAUUCUGACAUUCUUAAUUGAAAGACGAUUUUAUAUGAAAGCUCUGCUAAUGCCCAGGUCAGAUCAUGUGGCUUUUUUUUGUUGCUGACGCCAUAUAUUCAGGAUAAGUCAGAAGUAUGAACAAACUUACUGUUUUAUUCAGAUUUGAGCUAACGUUAUGCCCAUUGUAAUAAAAUUAAACAUUAAAGGGAAAACCUGUGGAAGGGUGAUAAAUUUUGGUUUUGUUUUCUAUAAAGGCUUCUCUGAUGUCCAUCAAUAUUUUGUAUCAUUUGUUUGGAAUAGUUUUUUCCCCUUCCAGCCUACUUAAAAUUGUAGAAGUGCUGUUGCAGAGAGAGUUAUAUGCUAAACUAUUGUGUGGAGUUUGCUAAACUAAAACUAAAAACUGCAUUUUGUCCCAACCUGGAUUUGCUGUGAGUUGUACAGUAGAAAUUAACAUCAAGCCUUUUCCCCCAUGCAAAUUAAAAUCACCUCCAUUGAGGCGCAUUCCUUGGUCAUUAAAAUCAAGUGAGAAAGCACUUUGACAGUUUUCCUUGAAAGCCUUCAUUCAAAAGUUUGUUUUAAAGUACUGUAUAUUAUCUUUUCUUGGUAUGUAAACUUUGGAAUCCUUUGCAUGUUGAUUGAUUGUGGCCACAUUUGAAUAUGUAAGUUUCCUGAAAGUAUAAGUUCAAAAUAUAUUCUCCAGUAGAAAAAAAAUCUUUUUAUUAUACUUGAUAACUUUUAGCCAUGCUAUCUUGAAUCCUAUCCAAAACCUCACUUAAAACACUAAAGGUUGAAUAGUUUUGUAUGCAUAAAGCAGAUCCUGAUAAGCACUUUUUGAAGACUAAUGAUGGUGGAAAUGAUGACAGGGAACUUCUUGCAAAACAGAUUUCCUUGUUUAAAUUUCUAGUCAUAAGCUGUAUGUAUGUUUUUUACAUAGAUGUAAAGAAAGGAAGAAAAAAAGGAACCCUUCAGAAUUUGCUGCUUUUCUAAUUGUGACUCAGAGUUGUUGAAACAUAUUCGCCAAAAAUAAUCUUGUUGACAGAUUUACACUGAACUUGCAUCAAGGUACUACAUUGAAGAAAUACAUUAACACAACUUUUCCCACUUCUGACACAGGCAUAUAAUUAUGUAUGUGUAUAUAUAUUUUGGUCACAAGUUCCCUCUCAGUGCAUGCAGAUUAUCAGGUAUAAGUGCAUGUUUACCUGUGAUGAGUUAAAUUUCCUAAGCGGUAAAAUGAUUGGAUAUAUCAUCUUAUAACAGGUUCUAAUAAAGUCCUAGUUCUUUCUAAAUACAGCCAUUAGAUAACAUCACUACCUUUUUUGCUGCUUACCUUACAUCACAGUGAAACCCUGCAUUCCUGGACUAGUAGGAGAAGUUAUAGGCGACGAUGAGCUAGAAGGUAGUUAUUUGAAAAUAAAAUACAAUCUGCAGAUCCCUAAUGAGCAUAGUGACAUAGAUCUGUUUUAAAUAUAAUCUUUUAGUUUUGUUUCUUUUGUAGCUUUUGUUUGUGCUAUGAUGGGGAAAUGACUUCAUCUUUUGCCACAUUCAUUUCACUGUAGUAACAAAUCCCAAGAUCACCUUUUUUCUUUUUUUUGGAGUGCUGUAAGAUGAAUGUGCUUGGUUUCUGUGAGGAAUAAAAGAGUGUAAUUUCUAAAAACUAGCUGAGAUACCCAUACAUAUCAUUCUCCAUUUGAAUAAUUUCUUCUAGUGUACUCUUAGUAAAUUCCCUAUGAUAGUCAGUGGAGGCCAGUGAUUUUAUAGAUUGAAAACUCCAGCCAACUAGUCAACCAUCAGAACUAAGAUAUGGCUGUGCCAUGAAGAUUGGUUACAAUAAUGUAUGGCUUCUAACUUGCCAGGUCUCUUCCUGCACCCCACUCUCAACUUUGCAGUGUUUUAAAUUACAACUAUUUCUUAAAAAUUUCACCAUCCUGAAAUUUUAAGGGGUAAGCACUAGCGGGUGUUUGUUUUUUCUAUAGUAGUUUUAGUAGUAAAACACUUUGCAUCUAGUUAUUUGGUGAGAUUACCGAUCAGCCUCCAGCCUAGUGAAAGCAGAAAGAUCCAGUACACCAAUUAUUCUCCCUCAUUGUAAUAGUUUUGAUCUACUGUUCUGACUUCCAAAACUUGCUAUCUUUUGCUCCUUAGAAAAGUAUACCUGUUGAAAGGAAUGUUUACCAUUUUGUGUCUUAAUUACUUUUACCAUCUUAUUCAGAUUUUUUUAAAUACUGGACUUACUAUAAGCAAUUUAAAGCUCCCCUGAAUUUGAUGAUAUCCCUAUUUAUUAUUUCAAGCUUACUCUGAGAAUUGCAGCUAAUUUAAUUUACUUUGACUUAAAGCCCCCUGCAGGGAUAAAUGUGGUUUUCAUUUUAUGUGGCAAUUUUUUCUUCAACUUAGUACCUGGAAGUAAUAGGACAUCAACUGCCUUCAAGCAGCCAAAUUUUGCACCAGAGGUUCCUAGCACAUUCACUGGUGGUAAAAGAGCCUGCCUCAGAUGCAAAAUGUCCUUUUAGAAAGUAUCCAUGUUCAUCAACGUUAAUGAUGCCUAUUUGGAAUGCCACUGCCUGGUUUACGAACAGUUUCAAUAACAGCAGCUUCUAAAAGUCACUAAUGCCAGUGUAAAUGUUCUAUUAUUUCACCUUCAUUUUUGUGGCUUCCUAAAUGUUCUCUGUAACUCACCAUUGUUCCUCUGCUUGGUUGCUCUUUACUGGUGUCUAUGGUAAGUUAUUCAUAAUUGCAGUGUUAGAUCAUUGAUACAUUAUUGAAGUUGACUCCCUUGAGUAUGUUCAAAGCUGGAAAUGUGCUUUUCCAUUAAUUUAAACAAAACAAAUACAAGUUUUGUACCAAUGGUUUGCUUUCAAUUCCUGUCUGAAUACAUUAAUCUGUGUCUUUUCUGUUCCUAAGCACUUUCAAUUUCACACCUUCGAUUUUGUUGCUCCUUAACAGCCAGCUCACUCUAAAAGGACAAUUGGAAGGCUAAUACUGCUGGCAGAGAACCAGUUACAAAUAAACUGUAUAUUGUGAUGA